AUGGCUGGUCUCCAACACCCGUUCAGCUGUCUGCGAUAUGUCAACAGACAGUCAGCAGACCAAUCGGAUAUCCUUAUUGCCACUGCUGGUCGCAAUCUCUAUUCUUAUGAUGCGUCCAGUGGUCAACGGCUGGAUGUGUGGCCACAGCCCGUAGACGCCAAUGUGGAGGAUAAAAGCUCUGACGCAGCUCCCACAUCUGAAAAGCAAGGCCCCCCAGAAAAGCGAAGAAAGCUGUCUCCGACCUCCGAUGAACAAAAGGAUGCCAAGUCUGAGUCAAACCCUAAAGAUUCGAACAAAGAGGCUUCCAACUCCUGGACCAACAUUCCACUUGUGACUGUUGCCCAUGGCAAAUAUGUAGUGAUUAUGACCUCCGAGGACAAAUGUGUUCGAGUCCUGAGUUUGGACAACGAAGGCAAACUUAAGCAAUUGAGUGCUCGCACAAUGCCCAAGAAGCUCUCUGCGCUCACUCUGACACCGGAUGAAAACAAUAUCUUGGCGGGUGACAAAUUCGGAGAUGUGUAUACUUUCCCUCUAAUUCCAAGCGGAGAGUACGUGAAGGUCCAGGCUCCAGCAAAACCAUAUGAGCCAUCUGCCACAAACCUCACGGUACACACGAAACGCAACCUUGAAUCAUUGGAGCAGCAAAUGCGACAGGCUGCUCUGUCCAAGACUAGCCAAGCAGAGCGAGUUGCGUUGAAUUUCGAGCACCAAGUCAUUAUCGGUCACGUUUCGUUGUUGACGGAUUUGAUCUCCGUUACCCGGCCUGCGGACUCGACCGUUGGCAAGCGGAAUUACAUCCUGACUGCGGAUCGUGAUGAACAUAUUCGUGUCUCCCGUGGUGUUCCUCAAGCCCAUGUAAUUGAGCAGUUCUGCUUUGGUCACACUUCGUUUGUCAGCUGUUUGUGCGUCCCUUCGUUCGAACCCAAGGUUCUCAUCUCGGGUGGUGGCGACAACUAUCUGCUUGUGUGGGACUGGCUCAAGAACCAGAUCUUACAAAAAGUUGAGCUUCCUGGGGCGGAAGGAGAAACUACAGUGCGCGGUAUUUGGGGUGUUUCCCUUGCGCCUACCGCAGACAACACUGAUCCCGUGAAGGCUAUCUUUGUUGCACUUGAAGGGUCUUCACAACUUCUUUACUACACUCUCGAAAGCGACAACAUGAUAACUCACCAAGACACCCUCCAACUGUCAGGCAACGUUCUUGACGUGGUUGGCAUUGAUUCAAGAGGCUCUAUCCUUGUUGCUGUGGAUACAUUGCGGGAACCCAAUUCGACAAGUGCCUGGAAGUCGUCUUCCCAGCCUCCUCUCGAAACCUUCCGGCUCAGUUCUGGAAAGUGGACUCCUGCAGAGGACUCCGUGGUCACUCAAAUCAAUUCCGAAGGCACCUCAAGUAUUCCUACAACAUUGGAGCAGAAACAGCAGAAGGAGCUCAAUGACUCAAUGUAUAGUUUGGGCAACCUACGGAAGAGAGAUGAACCGUACGACGACUAA